AUGUUGUCCCCCAAAGACGUUGUCGAGAUCAUUGGUCCAGUUCCUCACCCGGAGUCCAGCAACGGCCAUGAGCUGGACCAGACUACUUCGAGACACGGUUUCUGGAGUCGUGACAGGUACUCUGGCGCCAUUCUCUACAACUUCGCCGCCUUUGUCCUACCUGCGCUAUACGGUACACUGUCCAAACUGUGGAUAGCCAACAUCGACACGUCUCUGGUCGUCACCGUCGACUCAUACACGUAUAUCGGCGUCGUGGCUGGGCUUUCACAGGCAUUGAUCCUAUUUCAGUCUGUCCUGGGCUUGCUCGUCAGCUUCAUCAUCUUAGGCGCCACGAAGAAAUUCGCCGCCAGCUUUGUACCCGUCGAAUUCAUUCUCGGUCUUCAGCGCCGCGCUGGAAGUGGCUAUGACAAAUGCCACGAGGGCGCUCGAUCAGCCGGACGUGCCGUAUCUUAUCAGUAUAUCGUCAAUAUCUUGCUGGUCAUCCCGCGCUUCCAUGUCGUGAGCUUCGUGCCCUCGGUCAACACGCAGGCUGGCAUUCGACUUGGGUGUGAAUUUGCCGCCGCGUUUUCCGAACUGGGGUAUUUUCUCUUCAUCUCCAUGAGGCUGCGGCGGAAGAAUCGACCGGGAGAAGAAGAUGGACCGAGAUUGAGAUCGAGACCGAAUGUCAAGGCACUGCUGAUCCUUCUGAGGCCUGGCAUCCUCCCUUAUUGA